AUGACAUCUGAUUCGACUCCCUCAAAACCCGGGGGCGUAAUCUCGCUGUAUGCCAACCUGUUGGAUCCGUCUGCGGAGUCAGCCUCGCCUGGGACGAUUUCGCGCGCCCCCGUUGUCUUCAAACAAGCUGCGGAGGGCGAAGCGCAGUCGGAUGAAUCAGCUGCCAAAAAGCAGCAACAGCUCAGUGCCGCCUCUCUCCGAUUUCAGCCCACAAAAAGACCACAACUCUCAGCUCAGAAGCCCAAAGCGAAACCGAAUCUACCCAAGACAGCGCCAGCCCCCGCUCCAGCAGCAGCCCCGGCUAAGUCAUCUCUUGCUGAUUGGGCCGCUACCGAAGACGACGAUGUCAAUGGGUUUUACAACGGCCCAAAGAGACAGCGCGGCGGACGUAAAAAGCGCAAGAAGAACCGGGAGGCGCAAGAGAUAGUGCAGAACUGGGACGAUAUCUACGAUCCGUCACGACCAAAUAACUAUGAAGAGUACAAACACAGCGACGAGCAAAUAUCCGAAGUCCGGGAGUGGAAAGACCGCCUUUACGCACAUCGUAUAGUGCGGUCGCCCAGCCGAGAGUCGUUGAGCGACGAUGAAUAUAAAUCUCGGAUGAAACGACAAUUUGCCCCUCCGAGCAGUUUCGCGCCGCCUCCCAACCUCAACGAUAUACCACCCGCACCACCUGCCGAAUCGCCACCGCCGGAGCCUUGUGUUUCUGGCCAAGUUGCCGCGUCCGGAGAGGAUGCAUUCGCUCGGCGCGCUCGGCUUUCUACUAACCAACAUGACACGUCGAUGACUGAUUAUACCGUUCCCGAAGUACCAACUGCCCCUGUUCUGGAAGACCUCACGGGGGAAGAUGCCUACAAGCGACGCCUUCAGAUGUCAGACGCUGGAUCUCAGCCGACGGCUGAGCCUGCUCCUCCGCCUCGGGCUCUGGAUGCGCUGCAGCCAGCCUCCGCAACGAUAUCUCGCGCACCGGUCCGAUACGCUCUGCCUCCUGCCCCUGAGGACAUUCCCGCCUCGGAAGCCGAGCUUGAGGAAGUUUUUGCCAAGGAGCAGCCAGUGGGUAGCGGAUUGGAAGCGGACGGCCAGCGCUCGCUACGACCGGGACAACAAGGAUUUGCCGAGCGAUUGUUGGCUAAGUACGGUUGGACGAAAGGCUCUGGACUGGGUGCAACAGGCUCUGGUAUUGUGAAGCCAUUGCAAGUAAAGGUUGAAAAACAGAAGAAACGGCCAGACUCGGAAGGUGGUGGAUUUGCUACUCCUGCCGGUAGAGGCAAGAUCAUUGGCGGUACGAGGAAGAGUGAGGAUGACGGUAAGUUUGGACGAAUGAGUGAAGUCGUUAUCUUGAAAGGCAUGCUUGAUGGCAUGGACCUAGAGGCCGAACUGGAAGGGGACCAAGAAGGCGGCCUGAUGCAGGAAAUUGGGGAAGAGUGUUCCGAAAAGUAUGGCAACGUUGAGCGAGUCUACAUUUCGCAUGCCUCAGGGCCUCCUGUACCAGUGUUUGUCAAGUUUACCAACCAGUUAUCAGCUCUGCGAGCCGUAAAUGCUCUGGAGGGACGAAUAUUUAAUGGCAAUGCAAUCACAGCUCGAUUUUUUGACACGCACAAAUUCGAGCAGGGUAUCUACGAGGAAUGA